AUGCUAGCAUGCGCAACUCGAAUCAGAACAUCAAGCUCCGUGCGGAAGCUGGGUCGUGCGUAUGCCGACCUGGCAAAGAAGGAUAUUGUCUUUGAGUUAGAGAGACCCACCAUCGCCACUUUGCAAGGGUUCCUGCUGCUGAGCGACUUUGAAGCAACGUCUGCCAGAGAUAGAAUUGGAUGGACAUACAAUGGCAUUGCGUGCCGGCUGAUAUUCGACCUUGGUCUUCAUGAAGAUUGCUCUCGACUGAUCAGACACGGCAUACUCGUUCAGGCAGAUGCAGACUUGAGAGUCUCCUUGUUCCUAUCGGCUUUCGUGUAUGACAGGCUAUGGGCACUCUACCUUGGUCGCCCCAGCUGCGUCCCAAUGAAUUGCCUUGAGCAACGGCGGCCUCAAAUUGCGCCGGCCAAAUCAAUAGGCCCACUUGAGCAUUGGGUAACUCUCUGCAAGUACAUAUCAGAGGUUACAGAAAAGCUGAACGGUUUUGGCCCACCCCUGGACCAUACCUGCGUCGAUAGCCUGUUAGAUCUCAGUGCUCGUAUUUCGGCGGCUCACGACAGAUUACCGCCGGGUCUUUCUUCGAAACAAACCUCCGAGCUCUGUGUCACCGCAUACGGACUCAACAUACAAUACCACGGCAUUCAAAUUGUCCUCCACCGAACACUUGUCAAAGUCCUCUUACAACACGAUGCCAGCAAAGCAGACGGCCUCGACCGCGACGAGCAGAUCAAAAGCUUUCGCCGAAUUCUGUACGAUAAUGCCGUAUGCAUCUGUCGGCUUCUUCUAACUUAUCGCGAGAUGUUCGGCGUUGAGAAUUUCAUCACUGUCAUGUUGGACAAUAUGUACAUUGCGGCAAGUACGCUGGUGUCUCACAUAUUGCAGCCACCUAUGAUGGGCGAGCAGGACGGUAGCUAUUGCGAGAGCUCUCGGCUGCUUGGAUUCCUGACUGAGACGAUGAGAGAUCUCCCAAAGUAUUAUCCCGUUGUUGAAAAGAUGGGCCAAACACUUUCCAGCAUCACUGAGAACACAAUACUGGCCGGUUCCUUCGAAUCAAUGAACUUGAGCAGUGGAACUCGGAACCCGGACAGUCACAGCAUCAUGGCCAACACAGUGGCUCAGCCCGUAUCCGGCUCAUGGGGAUCGAUGGGGGCGUUGGUACAUGAUGACUUCCUUCUCGGCCAGGGAAACCUAUUGGGUGAUGGAUUCAGCCCAGACCCAAGGCUCAAUGACAAUUUCUGGUUUUCUGAUGUGACUGGAGGGCUUCUACAAUGA